GAUUGAGUCGCCAUGGUCCUGCAAGGUGGCACAACCGUACCCAUGUUGGCUCAAGUCUUCCACGGGGACACAGUCGGCGAAGUUACUCUCGUCCCCUCCCUGGGGUGGCAAAGCUGCAAUCUGCCUGAAGUAUCAUGGGUGUGGUGGGAGAUGUCUAAUUCGGCGGACCCCGCGCGAAUCUCAUCCUAUCUGACAACUGAUUUGUACCCACCUCAGAGGGCGACCAGCAGUAGUGGAUCACAAAUAUGUAUUCCACCGGUCUCAACACAAGCAUUGCAUGCAGAACAAGGGUCAAGCUCCGACGGACCAGGCGACGAUGGCCCGAUAUGUACACAUGAGGGGACACGCGUAGGCAUGCUUAACGACCUCGACGUGUUCAAAAUAUUCCAGGUCAAGAUGCUGGCGAAGCUGAAUAUAUAUAUAUAUAUAUAUAUAUAUAUAUAUAUAUAUAUUCGAGUUCAGCGAUUAUGGUCGCGUUGUUGCAGCGCUGAGCAGCAUGAGCUCAGCAUCCUUUGUGAUCCAUGGACUGCUCGUUCCGCAGCGCUGGGACCUGAUGAGUAUUUUCCCGCGGCCAGUCUUCGAAGUCCGAAGUGAGUUUCUGGAGCUGGUUCAGAAUUGGGCCGCGGGGUUCCUUUACGUAGCGCUCGGCGUGCUUCUCCCCCAUCUGGCGAGGUGCAGCAGCGUGCACUUGCAGCGGACGCUGAGCGUUGCGAACCGCAAGGCCCCAAAUAUGAAACUCGGCCGUCCAUACAUGUUCUUCUCCUCUGUCUUGUGGCCGGUUGCUUUUCUAUCGGGUAUGGUUGCGCCAGUGUUAAUUUGGUUGCCCUUGCUGUAUGGGGACGGCUUUGCGAGGCAAAUGCAGGUUGGGUUUUGGACUGCAUUCAGCGUUUUCACCUGGUCCAUCGGCAUGCUCUGCUUUGGACCUUGCAUGGUGGAAGAAAUCGGUACGAUAGCCGUGCAAACAAUUGUCGACGGUGUCGUUAAGGAGGUGGCCGACAUGCGUGCCACGCCAAACCAGUGGCAAAAUGUGCUGGACUUAGUGAGGGCGACAGAUUUUUUGGUGGUGGACACCUUCGAUUGGAAGUGCCUGGGGCGUUUGAUCAUAUUUCGCGUCUCCAUGCUCUUCUCGCUCGCAAUUGGAUUCGGCGUUGUUGGAACCGUCCACUCAAGGUAUCUUUCGAGAAAGGGCACAAUGGUGAUGGGGGGGCUGUCAGCAAUUUGCGGCUGUGCUAUUUUAUUACGUGUGGGACUCAUCAACGGGACGUGUAGUAACAAGCAGCCUGGCUCUAAGUGUCUUACGGCAGAGUUGCUCCAUAUAAUGGUGGAGCAUGAAUUGAGACAUGAUUCGGAACCGAGGGCCUUCUGUCAGUUGUCGUUUUACCUCAGCGAGCGAACGAUUGGCAUAGAGUUGUUGGGUACUCGAAUCACCACUGAUUUUGUAGCAAAUGUCGCACUACGAACAUGCUUUUACUUUCCAGCCGCGGUCGCUGUCAUUGAAUGCGUAUGGCACAAUCAUACCAUUGACGACAUCGUGACGACAUCAUAAAGGGCCACAGCGGGAACACCAGCGAAUGAUAUGACGCGCUCGCUGCCUGCUCAAGCUUCCUGAUCAAAGUGUUGCAGGAAAGCGUCGUUAUAAUCAUUACUAGCCAGCCGAUCUGCGGUUGAUCGGGAGUUUUUCUGUACAUAGAAGAAGGGGCGUGCGUUUCUGGGCGAGAGGUGAAUGGUCGUGGGUUAUCCUUGGGGGCGCGGUGGGGCCUGACCUUCCCGCGCGCCAGGGGUCGGGAUGACGUGAGUUCCGCUCGAAUUCCUCCGAAUGAUAUCAUGAGUGGAAUGAACACCCGACGCACAUGCGCUGGCCCUUCGGGUCGCAUGCAUCCUGACUGCAUACCGCAAUUCCCCACGAGCCGUUCGGCGUAGUUGGCAGUCUGCAUCGGCAUCAUUGGCGUGUGCUGUGCUCACCACUUGCAUGGUUGUUGUAUGAACGCCGCCGUGAUGGCAUCUUCGAUGCGGGUACGUAUUCGCUGCUCGAGGAAGAUAUGAUAACACAUCUGAUGGCUUCUGGGCAAUAAGGGAUCCCGAAUUCUGCAUGUCUGCUGUUUUCCCAGCCCCCGACGCGCGCCACGGCUCGCCUAUCGCAGGUUGGCUCGAGCGCCGCUUCCGAUGUCUUUCUCGCUCCCUCCUCCGCCUCUCCCUCUUCCUCCCCUCCUCCUCCUCCUCCUCGCGCGGCUGCCUCUUUCGAGCCAGGCUGGGGUGGCUGUGGUCGCAGCCUACUGCAUCUCCGCUUCUCUGCAUCCCUCGCGGCGGGAAACGAGCCACGUUUUGUUGGGGGAGCGUUCUCCCAAGCAGUGGCAGCAAAUCGCCCGCGCCCGAGUCCGUGACACUUGUGUGUGCCCCUGCAGUCCACAGGGGGGGCAGGACCUGUCCGCCAGCGGCGUGGCGUGUUGAGGCUGUCUCUGGACGCAUGAGGAGCGUAAUGUGGCAGGCAGGAGCAAAGACCCCCUGUCGCCCAGGAGAAAAGACAUGGCCCUGCAGA